CGUUGAGGGCCCCGCUGCUGCCCGCCCCGGCGGGUCCCUGCUGUCCUCGCGACCCCGGCCGCCCCGCGCGCCAUGGCCCAGCCACCGCCCGACGUCAGUGAGGACGAGUGUCUCCCCGAGUACCGCCAUCUCUUCUGCCCCGACCUGCUCAGCACCUGAACGUACCAUGCCGGCCCUUUCUGGCCUGCCGGGCCUCUGUGGACAGGUCUGCUGCUAGAGAAUGUUUCUACCCUUGAAGGGACAAAGUGGCAUUCAUCACCGGUGGUGGUUCUGGCAUCGGGUUCCGGAUUGCUGAGAUUUUUAUGCGGCACGGCUGCCACACAGUCAUCGCCAGCAGAAGCUUUCCAAGAGUGUCUAAGGCUGCCAGGAAGCUGGCUGCUGCCACUGGCCAGCGGUGCCUCCCCUUAUCUCUGGACGUUCGAGCUUUUCCAGCCAUCACAGCUGCCGUGGACCAGGCACUGAAGGAGUUUGGGAAGAUCGACAUUCUGGUUAACUGUGCAGCGGGAAACUUCCUGUGCCCUGCCAGUGCACUGUCCUUCAACGCCUUUAAGACCGUGAUGGACAUCGACAGCUUGGGCACCUUCAACAUGUCUCGCGUGCUCUACGAAAAGUUUUUCAGGGACCACGGAGGGGUGAUCGUGAACAUCACUGCGACUCUGGGUACCCGGGGGCAGGUGCUUCAAGUGCAUGCGGGCUCUGCCAAGGCAGCUGUGGAUGCGAUGACACGGCACUUGGCCGUGGAGUGGGGUCCCCAGAACAUCCGCAUCAACAGCCUCGCCCCUGGCCCCAUCAGUGGCACGGAGGGGUUCCGGCGGCUGGGUGGCCACCAGGCCAGUGUCAGCACCAAGGUUCUGGACAUCCCCCUGCAGAGGCUGGGCAACAAGACCGAGGUGGCCCACGGCGCGCUGUACCUGGCCAGCCCCUUGACAUCCUAUAUGACAGGCGCUGUGCUGGUGGUUGACGGCGGGGCAUGGCUGACCUUCCCUAAUGACCUCAAGCUGCUGGCAGAUUUCACUGCCUCUGCUAAGCUCUAGGUGAUGCCGCUCCUGCCUCCCGCGGGUCACCUCUGGCCGUGGCCCUCUUCCUGAAACCCCUGCCCCGUGGGCUGACGUCACCACAUAUGGUCCUGAUGGGUUUCCCGAGUCCCUUGGGUGUAUUUCUAGACAUGUUCUUGGGUUCGUUUGGGGUUGGGCUACCCCAAAAGGCCACGUCAGGCAAGGCUGAGAGGGGUGUUCUGAACGGGUGGGGGGUGCUGGGAGGGGGCCCCGCCAAGCCUCAGUGCCUCCCUGCAGAUCAGGACAGACGUCGGGCCUGCAGCAGGUGGGAAGCCAUCUCUCUGGGAGCUCCGCCGGGUGCCCCCCCCACCCCGGAGGCCUGAGGGCCCGUGGGGCCGUGUGGGUCACGGACAGCCCCACUGCUCUCUGCCUUCCCCUUGUCCCCCUAGUGCCCGAUGCCCCCGGCCUGGGAGGCCUGCUCACCCUCCUUGAGCAGAUUCCUCUCAGAGUGCCUCCUCACUGUAGGGCCGCUGCUGACUUCGUCCUGCCCUGGGUGGUGGGGGGGUGGGCUGUGGAAACUCGGGGAGGGGGGCAGGCUUGCACCGCACCCCCUGCUCCCUGAGCUGGGCUUGUGGUGGAUGCCAUGCGGCCGAGAAGCGCUCUGGGCUUUGGUUCGGGUGACACGUUCCCAGCACCCAUGGCCCGUGCGCCCCAGGCUGGCCCCCAGUGCCCGGGAUGAGGAGCCCUGAGGCGGCCCCCCGCUUGCCCCACCCGCCCUGCCCCGCCUGCCACCCUCUAGGGCGCUGGUGUGCACCUGCAGCUUCUACCCUGGGCCAGCCACUCUUGGGUGCUGCCCGGGCCGCGGGCGGCAAAGCUGGGGUGCUGCUGCGGUCUUCCCUUCCCCAUGUCCUCGGCAUCUGGCCGUCGCUGACGGGUGCUGGAUGGCUGACGCAGCGGCGGCGCUCGCAGGGCCUGGACACCUCCUGCGGUGCUCCUCCAGGACCCGCCACCACGCUGCACCUCGUCCACAGCAUCGAAACCAGAGGCGGGCCUGGUCCGGCAGCGGUGCCGCGUCCACAUGUGCUCCCCACGGAUCCAUCUCCACCUGCUCAGCUGCCCGCCCUGCACGGAUGUCCGCUGGGGGCACUUUGGCAUUCUGGAGCUCCCUGGGAGGGUGACCUGGGCUGUACGGCUGUCGCCCCCCUGCCCUGCCUGCCCAGCCAGGGGGCCUUGGUUCCCUUCUCGGCUGGGUCCCGGGGUCCCUGAGUGCAGCCGCAGGGCAUCUCAGGCCCCGUCUUCCGUCCUUGCUCUCCUACAUGGGAAUCUUCCUCCACAAAGGGAAGCCAGGCCAGGGAGGCGAGAGAAGUGUGUUUGAUCCAGGCCCCUGUGGCGGGGUCCUGGGUCACCUCACCAGGGUCUUGGGCCACAGACGGAUCCCCUCUCAGCCUUUGGUGACAUGGGCUGGGUUGUCCCCACCUGCCCUGGAGUCGUCCUUUGCUGGGACAUCCCAGGGGACUUGGUCCUGUGCCACUCACAGCUGGACGUUCUAGGCCCUCCUCUGGCCAUCACUGCCACCGGCAUGAUCCCACAGGCCUCUCAUCUGUUCCCUUGACAUUCAUGCCAGGACCACUCAGAUCCUCGGACUUGUUUUCUGUGUGGUUUGUUGGAAACUCUGAGCUGCCCUUACAGGUGAGGCCCCUGAGCUGCUGUCGGGCUCUCUCCUGUCUGUACCGCCUGUUGGCAUAAGCAGGGAUCCUAGCAUUUUGCCAACAAAUGCAUUUUCCUAAAAAACAGUUUUUACUAUAAAAUAGAGCUUGCAAGUGUUUGUAGAAGGUAAAGGAAGACACUGGAAAAGAAUCACCAGUGACCCAGUCAUUCUGAGAUGGGGACGUUUCCUUCCUGUCUCUUUUCUGUGAGUCGAGAAACCGCGUCGCACCUCAUACUUCAGUGCUGUCCUCGGGCAGGUGGAGCCCACCCCGAGGCAGGGGGAGGCGGCGCGCUUCCUGGGUGGGGGGCUCACCGCAGCCAAGCGCCCAGGGAGCUUCCUUACCCUGCGAGGCCCGGGCCUGCUCCUGGGCAGUUCUGGUCACCGCUACAGGACGGAGCUUGAGCCUGUGCCGCGGAUGCCACCUGAUGGGACCGUGUCCCAGUCCCUUCAUCGUGUGAAAAGAGUUCGGGGGAGGAGCCACGCCAGCUGAGAGGCCACUGGGCAGGGGGAGCCCCUCCACAUGGAAUAUCAGGGUGCUCCUUGGGGCGCCUGGGCGGCUUAGCCACUGACGGGUCCCACUCUUGAUCUCAGCUCAGGUCUUGAUCUCAGGGUCAUGAGUUCAAGUUCCGCAUGGACUCUGUGCUAGGCUUGGAGCUUACUGAAAUUAAUAAAAAUUAAGAUAGAGGUGCUUGUUGUCACAGA